CUUUUUCUAAUCUAUUACAGGCUAUGUCCAUUUCCAAACACAAUUACCCGGUAGAAGAGCAUACAGUAAUCACAUAUGAUGAUUACAUCCUUACUAUUUACCGCAUCCCAUCGUCUCCAAACCGAAGGCAUCUGAACCGAGCAGGGGCCGUAGUCUUUUUGCAACAUGGAAUCCUGAGUGCUUCCGACGACUGGAUUAUUAACGGACCCGAGACAUCUCUGGCCUACAUGCUGGCAGACGCCGGCUAUGAUGUCUGGCUGGGCAAUGCACGUGGCAACACGUACUCACGCCAGCACAAGCAUAUCCAUCCAGACACGUCCGAAUUCUGGCGGUUCAGCUGGCAUGAGAUAGGUGUCUAUGACCUCGCGGCAAUGCUGGACUAUGCGCUAGCGGAGAGUCAGUCAAACUCUUUGCAUUUUGUUGCACAUUCGCAAGGCACCACGACGUUUUUCGUACUUAUGUCUUCUCUGCCUUUGUACAACGAGAAGUUGCGUUCCGUUCACCUUUUGGCGCCUAUAGCUUACAUGCGAUACCACUCUUUCAUUCUCUCCAAGUUGGGUGGCAUUUUUCUGGGAUCGCCUUCCUUUCUUAGCUGGGUAUUAGGAAGUAUGGAGUUGCUGCCUAUUACUAAUUUACAGAAACUGAUAUGUGAGCAUAUCUGCGCAAGAAAUUCCAUGUUUAAAUUCCUGUGCUCUGGGCUGCUGGACUUCAUCGGCGGAUGGGGAACACGGCACUUGAACCAGACUCUGCUGCCGGACGUUUGUGCAACACACCCAGCAGGUGCAUCUUCCAGACAAGUAAUCCACUACCUACAGCUUUACAGGUCUGGCGACUUCCGACAGUAUGAUCAUGGACGGGAGCUAAACGAAAUCAUUUACCAGCAGCCAACGCCUCCAUCUUACAAGGUCCAAUACAUUAAGAGCUGUGUGGAUAUGUACUACAGCGAAAAUGACUAUAUGUCUGCUGUUGGGGAUGUGAAGUAUCUGGCUUCACUCCUACCAUGCGUACAACUAUAUCGCAUUCCAUUCGUGGACUGGAACCAUUACGAUUUUUUGUGGUCCAACAAUGUAAAGGAGGUAAUAAACAACAAGAUAAUUGAGAAGAUGCUUAAAUAUGAUGAAGAUGUAUAGGAUGUAGGUCUUUAGUAUCAUCGUGAGAGUUUCUGAAUAUAUAUAUAAAUUACUUUUUUCGCUUCGGGACAUAUUAAAAGAACAAUUUUUAUUUUCA